AAAGACUCAAUGCCACGGGUCUGGACUGGAAAAGAGGAUAUUAGAGCAAUCACAAAAGAUGCUCGUGCAGAGGCUUUAAGUCUUUUAUCUGUGAUGGCUGCAAUACGUUUGGAUGAAAGAUCAGACGAUAUUGAGAGUACUCUUUUCUCUUCUCUCAUGGAUGGAACUGUUUCUGUUGCAUCUUCUCACAACAGAAGCGUAGGAACUUCAACGGAUCCACUUGCAUCUAGCUCUUGGGAAGAGGUAAGCAGUCUAAGCAAGUGGUUUCUA